CUGGUUUCCGUGCUUCGCGAUGCGCGACUAAAAUUGCGAGCGGGCGAAUCUAGCGGGACCCAAGCCGCAUAUUUCUCGGUCUCCGAACUGUGAACUCCAAACACAAAUUCCUCUCCUCCAAAAGCCUCCGCGCGGAAAUUACACAUACAUCCGCCUACAGGAAAGCCACGGGGCUCGUUCAAAAAUGAGCAAUGGAUCCGCUCUCCUGCUCUUAACGCGCCUACCAAAGGUUGGCCGGUUUCCUCAGUUGGCUGCUUCCAAUGCGACAGUUCCUGUGCGAUGGUCCUCCACCGCCGUCCCGAGCUCGACGACUCCACGACAAUGGUCAACGCCACUGGCAAAAUCGCUUGGUGAAGCUAUAAGCGUCACCGGCCCAGUAUCCAUCGCAGCGUACAUGCGCCAAUGCCUCACCUCCCCCGAUGGCGGAUAUUACACCUCUCGCGGCCAGGAGGCUGAGGAUACUGAGCUUUUUGGCACCAAGGGGGAUUUCGUGACGUCACCGGAGAUUUCUCAAAUUUUUGGCGAGCUGUUGGGUAUUUGGACCGUUGCGGAGUGGAUGGGACAGGGGAGGAAGAGUGGUGGGGUGCAGAUAAUUGAGUUUGGACCGGGCAAGGGGACACUUAUGGGGGAUAUGUUAAGGUGCUUUCGAAAUUUCAAGAGCUUUGCGUCUACGAUUGAGGCUGUUUAUCUGGUAGAAGCCAGCCCGGUGCUGCGGGAGGUUCAGCGGAAAUUACUCUGCGGAGAUGCACCUAUGGAGGAGGUUGAGGCUGGGUAUAAGAGCAAGAGUAUACAUCUGGGUGUCCCGAUUGUUUGGGCAGAGCAUAUCAGUUUCCUCCCAGAUGAACCCGAUAAAACCCCCUUCAUUUUCGCCCACGAAUUCUUCGACGCCCUACCCAUACACGCCUUCCAAUCUGUAGAAGUACCAUCUCAGCCCCAGACCAUUAACUCGCCCACUGGUCCUAUCACUCUCCACCAAUCGUCCGCUCCCUCUUCCUCCACUACCACCCAAUGGAGAGAACUCGUUGUCUCGCCCAACCCAGAAACGCCAGAAGUGAAAAGCAGCAAGGAGCCCGAAUUCCGCCUUUCACUCGCCAAGGCAUCCACACCGUCCUCCCUCAUCCUCCCCGAAAUGUCGCCCCGGUACAAGGCCCUAAAAUCAACUCCAGGGUCCACAAUCGAGAUCAGCCCGGAAAGCCAAACGUGCGUCCAAGACAUCGCAAAGCGGAUAGGAGGUGCGUUUACCUCCCCAUCCUCCCCAGCGGCCACGGACGCGAAGAAGAAUAAAGUCCCUUCCGGCGCCGCUCUUAUCCUCGACUACGGCACCACCUCUACAAUUCCCAUAAACUCCCUCCGCGGCAUCCGGAAACAUCAGCUCGUUUCCCCCUUUGCCGCUCCCGGCCAGGUUGACGUUAGCGCCGAUGUGGAUUUCACGGCGCUGGCGGAGGCGGCGAUUGAUGCUAGUCCCGGCGUGGAGGUGUAUGGGCCGACGGAACAAGGGGCGUUUUUAGAAGCCUUGGGGAUUUCGGAGAGGGCGGCACAGUUGCUGAAGAAGGUGGAAGGGGAGGGCGAUGAGGAGAAGAGGAAGCGGAUUGAGAGUGGGUGGAAGCGCUUGGUGGAGAGAGGGGGGGGGGGCAUGGGGAGACUAUAUAAGGCUUUGGCUAUUGUGCCAGAGAGUGGGGGGAAGCGGAGGCCUGUUGGGUUCGGAGGGAGUGUUUUAGGGUAAGGUAAACCUUUUUGGAGGGUUUGGUUUGUAUUUAUAUAUGUAAUUUCGUAUGUAUUAUAUAUCCUUGAUGUAUUUUAAUGCUGGAUCUCUGGGUUUUUGGACGAAUAGGGGCGGCAAAGAUGGGUAUCGUAUUGAGUAUUUCCCUCAUGCUGGAAUAACUAACCAAUUCCAAUUAUCAUGAGAAAUCUUGUAUUUUCAAAGAUCCUAUCAUCUAUCAGAGCUUGUUGUAUAGGAAGCCACGAAGUUCUCUAUAGAAUGAUUGGAGGAAGAAACAGCAUCCGUUGUUGGAAUGGCUCAUGUCGAGCUUGUCUUGGCCGCCGGUUAAUACUAUUUCAACCCAGUCUUCGAAUAAUCGCUGUUAGGGACGUAUACUAAGGAAUGAAGAUGUUUUGGCAAACCUGUGCGGGCUAGAAAUGAAGGUAGUCUUCU